AUGUCCAACUUUGGCCUUAUCACUGUCCAAAUCUUCACUGCAUCAGCCAUUCUUGGCUCUCUGCUCUACUCGGCUCACCUCUACACUGAGAUCAAUGCUCUUCAAUCUGAUGUUCUUUCCGAUAUGAACUCCUUCAAGACCAUUGCCAAUGACGCCUGGAGAUCCAUGAUCGCUGUGAACGCUCCACAAAUCCAAGGAGCUCUUCCAGACUUUGGCAGUCUUUUCAGAGCAAAGAGAUCUGGAUCAUCUUGCAACUGUGGACCACAACCAAGCAACUGCCCACCAGGACCACCAGGACCACCAGGAGCCCCAGGAGAUGAUGGAGAAGAUGGAGCCAACGGACAAGCAGGACCAAAUGGAGAGGAUGAAGCUAGCCAAGGAAAAUCUUCUCAGCCGACCGAAUGCAUCACUUGCCCAGCUGGCGCUCCAGGACCACAAGGACCAGACGGACCAGCCGGAGCUCCAGGAUCUGAUGGACAACCAGGACAACCAGGUGCACCAGGACAAAACGGAAAACCAGGUGCCCCAGGAGAACAAGGAGAUGCCGGAGCUCCAGGAACCCCAGGAAACAACGGAUCUGAUGGACAGCCAGGACAGAAUGGACAGCGCGGGAACGGAGCUGCUGGAGCACCAGGACCACAAGGACCAGCAGGAGCACCAGGACAAGACGGACAGCCAGGACAAGAUGGAAAUCCAGGAGCUCAAGGAGCACCAGGAAAUGCCGGAGCACCAGGACAACCAGGAGCCGCUGGAGAUGAUGGAGUUGCCGGAGAGAAUGGAUCCGAUGGAGAGCCAGGAACCGACGCCGAGUACUGCCAAUGCCCACCAAGAACCGGAGCUAUUGAGGUGGAGCCAGCCGUGCAGUCCGAGUAUAAGAGAAGAAAGUACAGAUUCUCUAACUAA